AAAAAUCUUACAAAAUUGUCACUCAACAGAACCGUUUGUUACAACGGGAAGUCACUCCAACGAAUCCGACUCUUUUUAAUGUGAAACGCUGCGUUUCAUGCACACCUGGCGCGCCGGAAGUGGGAAACAAAUCUCUCUCUUCCAUGUCAGCUCAGUCAAUUGCCACGUCAAUUAAUGAGUUCCAACUGUUGGGGUUAAUAAAUAUCAACGGUAAAAAAGAUUACAACGGUAAUAUUGUUUUCUUUUUCCUUUUAAUCAAAUUCUUCUUCUUCUUACUUCUUCUCCUCUGAAAAAAAAAAUCCCCAAUAUUGAAGAACCCUAGUUUCUGUCUAUCUUCUCUAAUUUCUUCGAUUUCUUCUAUUCAAUCCGUGUUGUUAACUCCCAUGAUCCGUAAUUUAUUCGAUUAACCUAUAACCCUAAUUUGUUAGGUUUGCCGUAGAACCCUAAUGGAGCAUCCAAGUUUUAUUCCUCUCUGCCAUUGCAAUCAGCCUGCUGUGCUGAAGACAGCUUGGACUCAAGCGAACCCAGGAAGGCGGUUCUUUGGGUGCCAGCAUUGGCAUCAGUCUGGAGGAGGUGGAUGUGAUUACUUCGACUGGUUUGACAAAGCUAUGCCUAAUAGAACAAAAUCUAUUCUACUUGAACUGCUAGAAAAGGUUGAUAAGAAUGAAAUGGAGAAUAACAGGAAGACAGCAAAAUGGACUUAUGUCAAGCUAAUACUUCUACUAGUGUUUGUAUUUUAUCUUGGAAGAUGGAGUGCAAGUAGUUUAGGUUGAAUGAUAAGAUGUACUAGGUUGCUGUAAGUUAUGUUUGAUGAAUGCACUUGGAACUCU